AUGAAGAGCAGCCGCGGAGAAGAUCCGCUUCUUGAUUUGGUAGUUGCAACUCUCUUUCUCUUUUUCGUUGUUAUUACUCUGGUUUCGAAUGUUUUUGAUUAUGUGAAUCAUGAGUGUCUUGAUUACUUGAGAGAGCUGAUAAGGAAGACAAAGACAUUGACAGAGAAACCGUUCGGGAUCGGUGUUGUGCUUGCGUUUCCUCACGAGUUAAACAUAAAGACAAUCUUGGAAGAGAAGGUUGCUGUGUUGCAGCUUUAUUGGGGUCAAUGUUCAAAGGAGCUUGUGGAUGAUGCUCACCGUGCCGGUGUCAAAGUUGUUCCUCAGGUUGGGAAUGUGGAAGAAGCUAGAAAGGCAGUUGCUGUAGGAGUAGAUGCGAUUAUAGUGCAAGGGCAUGAAGCAGGAGGGCAUGUGAUUGGGAAGGAUGCUCUGUUUUCAUUGUUGCCAAGAGUUGUGGAUGUGGUCGGGGAACGCGACAUUCCGGUGAUCGCUGCUGGAGGAAUUGUGGACGCACGCGGUUACGUCGCAGCCUUGUCGCUUGGUGCUCAAGCGGUGUGUCUAGGGACAAGGUUUCGUUAA